AACUUCUCCAUUUUGAUACGGGACAGAAAAUAGAUGAUCUCCGUUUCAGCAUCCUAUAUUCCUGUUCCAUUUCUGUCUAUCUCUGAGUCGAAACCCUAAACCCCAUACACGCCAUGUCCCUCCUCUCUCGCCUCCGCCACUCCCUCACCCACCACCUCCGCCGCCGCCGUCUCUCCACGGCGUCCUCAAUCCUCUCCCCAAACUGCACCACUCCUCUCAACUCCAAGGAGAAGACCCGAGCCGCGCUCUCCCUCCUCAAGUCCGAGCAGAACCCCCACACCAUCCUCGACAUCUGCCGCGCCGCGGCCCUCACACCCGACUACCGCCUCGAUCAAAUCGCCUUAAAUGUCGCCGUAUCCCAGCUCUCCGGCUCCAAACACUUCGACUCGAUCCAGGAUUUACUCGAGUCUGAGCUCCGGACCCGCCCCGAACUCCAAACGGAGCGUUUCGUUGCCCACUCCAUCGUCCUCUACGGCCGGGCUGGUAUGGUCAACCAGGCUAUUGAAGCUUUUAAGCGAAUGGGUGAUCUGGGUAUUCGUCGCUCGGUGAAAUCGCUCAACGCGUUAUUGUUUGCUUGCCUGGUUGCGAAGGAUUACAGGGAGCUGAACCGGGUUUUCGUUGAGUUUCCCAAGGUUUAUGGGCUCGAGCCGGAUUUGGACUCGUAUAACACGGUGAUCAAGGGGUUUUCGGAGUCUGGGUCGACGAGUUCUGGGUAUUCUGUAGUGGCCGAGAUGGAGAGGAAUUGGAUAAAGCCGAAUGCGACGAGUUUUGGGCAUUUGCUUGCUGGGUUUUACGGGGAAGAGAGGUUUGAGGACGUUGGGAAAGUAAUGAAGUUGAUGGAGAAGCAUGGUGUGCGCAUGGGGAUUGGUACGUACAACAUUAGGAUUCAGGGUCUGUGUAAGCUGAAGAAGUCGUCCGAGGCCAAGGCAUUGCUGGAUGAAGUGUUGUCGAGGGGGCUGAAGCCGAAUUCGGUCACGUAUACACAUUUGAUUCAUGGGUUUUGUAACGAAGGAAAUUUGGAGCAAGCCAAGAAGCUGUUCAGGACCAUGAAGAGUAGGGGUUGCUCACCGGAUUAUGAUUGCUAUUCUACUCUGGUUUGCUUGCUAUGCCAAGGUGGGGAUGUCGAGAACGCAUUGUCGAUUGCUAAGGAGAGUAUGGAGAAGGGUUGGUUACCGAAUUUUGGGACGAUGAAGGGGCUUGUAGAGGGGCUUGUGGGGAUUGAAAAGGUUGAAGAGGCACGUGAGCUUAUUAAGCAGAUCAAGGAGAAAGUUAUCAAGAAUGUUCACAUGUGGGAUGAAAUUGAAGCUGGGUUGCCUCAAUGAAAAGUGUUACUUGGAAAGCAAGUUAAAUGAGACUGGAAGUGAAAGAGAGUUGCUGUGAUGAGAUUCCUGUUGAUUCUGAUUCAGCAAGAAGUCUUUUGGGAUAGUUGAUCGGAGGCAGGAGUAUGUGAUUGCUAUCUAUCUGCAAGAUGCUUCAUGUGCUUGGAAAAAACCUGGCUGUCUUAGGAUUCAUUUUGAACCCUAGGUACUUCUGGAAUAAGGUUAUUGGAGUAGGUUGUUUUCUUGAUGACAUGUGUAGUAGCUAAUUGUGGAAGAAAGGUGUUGCCCUCUGGCAAGUUCCAAUGCGCUCUGGGAAUUUGAAACAGAUUAAGACAUCUCAAGUUUGAUAUCUUAGCGGACGACCAUCAAGAGUUCCUUUUGAGAUUGCUUGUGAAUCACUCCCGCGAAAGUAAAAUCUGGUUUGGUUGCAAUUGGACAAUGGACAUCUAUGAGUCACUUUUGUCCCCCACUAGAGAGACUUUUGACUCUAUAGACAUGUUUGUAAAGCAACUAGAAACUAAGCUGUAGUCUCAUCUUGUGUUCUUCUAAAUCUACUGUUAGGAAUGGAUCAUAUUUAUUCCUCAGAUUUGUAUGCAUUCUAUGUAAAUUUGGAAGCCUAUCAUUAUUUCUGAGACAGCCUUUUGAUUGGAUUAGUGUGAUGGGAGUGUUUUGCUU